GUAAGAACAGGGGCCCCGCAGGGUCAACCUCUACCUCCCGAGUAUGGCCCACCCCCGAACAAAGGCCCGCAUCCAGGCUUCCUUCCGCCACAUCUACCUGGAGACGGGCCCAUGCCAAUGCAAAUGCCCCCGCCAACUCAAGCUGGCAUCUAUCUACCCACCGCCGCCGCCCGGCCACUUCCCGCACCCCAUUGGCCCCGUCGGCCCCGGCCCCUUCGUGCACAUGGGCGGCUGCACUGCGACCACCGUCAUGGCCCUGCCGGGCAGUGCCACCACGGUGACCGUGCUGCAGGGCGAGAUGUUGCAGACGUCGCCGGUGCAGACGGCGUGUCCGCACUGCCAGCAGGCCAUCGUCACACGCAUCUCCCACGACGUGGGCCUCAUGAACACCCUCUUCUGUCUCUUCUGCUUCUUCGUGGGGUGCGAUUUGGGCUGCUGCUUGAUCGACGACCUGAAGGAUGUGACGCACACCUGCCCCUACUACACGUACAAACGUAUAUGCUAA